ACCAGGUACAAAACUGAGUUGUGUAGAUCAUUUCAAGAACGGGGUGAAUGCAAGUAUGGAAACAAGUGUCAGUUUGCUCAUGGACCAGAUGAGUUGAAAACCCUUGACAGACAUCCGAGGUACAAAACGGAGCUUUGCAGGAGAUUUCACUCCACUGGCUUCUGCUCGUAUGGUACAAGAUGCCACUUCUUGCACGACCGAAAUGAA